GUGAUGCACUAACCGAACCCUGUACUAUCGAUAGUUGGCUAGUGGUUUUAUUUGUAUGGGUUAUUCGCAUAGCAUUUACUUAUACCAGCGUAUACAUAUGGUUACGCGUGCCGUGACCAUUGUUUGAUCCAGGAAGGUAUCUUUGAUUUGGUCAUCUAAUCGCCUCGUCAUUGAAUGAAACCGACGAUAAAAAUCGAACAAUAAUAAUCAGAUAUUUCGCGAGUAACCAGGAUGUCAGGCCCGAUGGUUUUGUGCCAGCUUUGGAUGGGAGGCUUGGAGCCAUACAUGACUGAGAGUUUCAUAAUGAAUGCAUUCCACAAAAUGAACGAGCAACCACAAACAGUCAAAGUAAUGCGAAACCGUUAUACUGGUGAACCAGCUGGUUAUUGCUUUGUUCACUUUCCUACCGAUGAAAUGGCACUCGAUGCUAUGCACAAAUUGAAUGGAAAACCUAUACCAGGCUCCAAUCCUACAGUGCGCUUUCGUCUAAACCAUGCCAGUACGACAGGAAAACCUGCAACAGACAGAGAAUUUAGUAUUUGGGUUGGUGACUUGUCAACAGAUGUUGAUGAUUAUUCAUUAUAUAGAGCAUUCGCAGCAAAAUAUAAUUCAAUUAGAACAGCAAAAGUAAUUUUGGAUAGCUCUGGAUUUAGUAAGGGCUAUGGAUUUGUUAGAUUUGCUAACGAGGAAGAGCAGAAAAAUAGUUUGGUGACUAUGAACGGACACAGAGGACUAGGUACAAAAUCUUUGAAAAUUUGCAACGCUGUCCCUCGACCAUGGAAUAAAAUCGCUGGUUCGACACCUCCGCAAUCAUCGUCUGAUUACUCUAUGUCGAACAUGAAUGCAGAACCAUACAACUAUUACGAUACGUCUUCCUACUGGAACAGUUAUAGUGCCUGGCAACAGGGUUACUAUGAAAGUGAACCAACAUCCGACAACUACAAUAGUUAUAUUUCAGAUCAGAAGCCGGAGGAAGAUGAAUUAGAAUUAAUAGAGCAUUCCGUUCCAGUGGACGUUGAUAAGGCCAACCGAGAUACAAUUGAGCAGGAUUACAACAUGUGGGAUGCUUUGGAAAGUUCGAAAUGGAUACCCUGUGAUACACUUGAAUUAUGUUAUUGAUGCGGAUAAUUUAGAGAUGCAUCGGUAAUUUUGCUGACUCGCCACAUACUGUAUGGCAUGACUGUUACAGAUAUCAUGUAAUCCAUGCUCAAAUGUGAACAAAGCCUUUUGUCUUAAAUAAUUUAAUGUUUUAAUGUACAAAAAUCACAUUAACUUAACUUUUGAAUAAUAAAUAAAUACCUUUCAAACGA